AUGUCGGCCGUGCAAGCCUUCAGCUGGUGCCAAGACAUUCGUAAAAUUGAAGCCAAGAACGGCCGCCAAAUCCGUGCUUUCGGAGCAACUGAGGGGAAGCCGCUGAUCGAGCCCAGCGAGGAGGGCGCGGUCGGCCAGCGCAGCAGGCGGAGUCCCUCCCCGCGCCGGAGCCCCCUGCAGUCGAGGGAGUCCUCGUUGGCGAUGAAGGUGGCGACAUCGAAUCGCGGCCGACACGUCACGUGGGAGGAAUGGGCGAUGAGCGGGAACGAUGCGCGCUACGACGCCGACUCCGCCGUGCUCGUGGCCGCCAAGCAGAAAGCCGCGCUCCAGGAGCACGCCAAGAUGCAAUGGCUCGCUUGCUUCGAUUCAGCUCUCUCGGCAGCAGAAGUGGGGCUGGAGCGGGUGGGGGUGGAUGCCGAUUGA